UCCCUGACUAAUAUUUAACAAAGCACAAGCAUAUAUUGUACCCAGAAGGUGCCUGCUCACACAUUGUCUGUACUGUUUUAGCAGUGAAAAAGAAUACCCACAGACAAGGCACGGGUGGUGGGUCACCAAAGGCUGACCUUACCCCAGCAGAGGACAUGGCCUUGGAGCUAAAUAAAGGCAGGCCCGUCUUAGAGGGGAUCCCUGGGGGAAAGAGACGAGCAUAGGUUCCUCCCAAGAUGCCACCCGCUUCAUUCAAGUGCCUGGCAGCACUGUGUUCCUGUUAGAGCCACCAGCACAAGCACCAGACGAUGCUGAUCCAGGUGAAGGCCCCAGUGCAACAGCACAUGAUGGAGACGAUGAUGAGGAGGAGACCAUCUCUCUGGAUUCCAGAAGGCAUGAGGACCCAGAUGCUAUACAGUGGGAAAACCAGCCUGGCAACAUAGUGCGUAUUAAUAAAAGGACACCACAUCCUGCCAAAUUCCAGCUGCGCUAAUUGUAUUGUGUUCACAGAGCUCACAAGCUAUCAGAAAGUUGUAUGGCAACCACCUCCGGCGCCAAAUAGAACUGGCAGACAUAGACAUUCAGUACAAGAAGAAAAAGAUGGAAAAUCUUGCACUGGAGUCCGAAAUAAAAAAAGAGGACAAUUAGGAAACUGGACCUUGAAAUAAAAAAACUUGAGAGGGAGCUCCAAGAAGAUGACACAGCUCAAAAUAAAAAUUAGCAAUCAGUACAACCAAGUCAUCGUUAUAAGGCAUCGCCCUCUUUUGCCCACCCCCCAGCACCAGGUGUGGCCACUAGCCUAUAUGAAGGCCCAAAAUUGUGUGUUCCUUUCUGCUCUGACAAUGGCAUGCCCAUUCGUGCGAGAUGUGGUGGAUGAAGAAGCACUUGUGCUGAGGAGAGCCUUCAGGCGAGAAAGGGUCUUCAGGGACCGGUUGGACCCACUGGCCUUCCCUGAUGACCAUCUAUAUGAAAGAUACAGGUUUUCUGCAGAUGGCAUCAGGUAUCUAUGCAGACUACUGGGUCCCAGGAUUAAGCACCGCACUGCACGGAGCCAUGCACUGAGUGUGGAGCAAAUGGUUUGUGUGGCCUUGCGCUUUUUUGCUAGUGGAGCCUUCCUGUACUCAGUGGGGGAUGCAGAACAGCUGAACAAGGCCACAAUUUGCCGCACAAUAAGGAGUGUGUGUCUGGCUAUCAAAGCAUUAGCAGAUGUCUUCAUCUUUCCUGGCCACAGAAGACUCUGUGACAUCAAAGAGGAGUUCUAUAGGAUUGCAGGUUUCCCCAAUGUCAUUGGUGCAGUGGACUGCACACACAUAAGGAUAAAAGCCCCCUCAGGUGCCCAUGAGGCCGAUUUUGUGAAUAGGAAAUCCUUUCACAGCAUUAAUGUUCAGAUGGUCUGCAAUGCUGACUGUGUGAUCAGCAAUGUUGUGGCAAAAUGGCCUGGCUCAGUCCAUGACUCCAGAAUCUUUCGGGCCUCUGAAAUCUAUCAGUGCCUAUCACAAGGUGAAUUCUCUGGUGUGUUGCUGGGAGACAGGGGGUAUGGCUGCCAGCCUUUUCUCCUGACACCUUUCACAGACCCCCAGGAAGCACAGCAGGCCUACAACCAUGCCCAUGCCAGGACCAGGGCCAGAGUUGAAAUGACCUUUGGCCUCCUGAAGGCACGCUUUCACUGCCUUCACAAAUUAAGGGUCAGCCCUGUUAGGGCAUGUGAUAUUACUGUGGCUUGUGCUGUCCUCCACAAUGUGGCCUGCCUGAGGAAGGAGAGGGCCCCCAGAGUGCCACCAGCCAUGGACUGGGACAAUCCGGCAAUCUUCCCUGAUGACGACAGUGGUCGGCUGCUGAGGGACCAAUAUGUGGUGAAUUAUUUUAGUUAGUAUGUGUGCUUUCAAUUUUGGUUAAAUAUGUCCUGCGGUGGCAGAGGAAUUUGGGUUUUUUUGGGUUCGUUUUUUGCCAAUUUGGCCUCUUAUGAUGUUUGUGCGGUAUACUGUGUGUAAUACAAGGCUGCAGGGAGGCUACUGCAUCCAUUCAUUUGUCUGUUCAGUUGAUGUGUAUGGAUUUGUCCUGCAUUUAUUUUAGUGUGCAGACAUGCAGGGUGUGUUAUAUACAGACCUUUGAAUGUGUAUGUAUCAUUUUGUAUAAUAUGCUUGGAUUCUGUGCUUUCCAUCUUGUAGAGUCACUGUGACUUCAGUUUCGAAAGGAGCUGAUGGUUUACCUGCUUUGUUUUGUCCUUAUUCAAUAAAGGAACAUAAUGUUACACAUUGUGUUUUUAUAUUCAUA